GAUACCUUCAGAAAAUGAUCCAUAUGACUACAAGAAAGCUAUAGUAACUACUCUCAACUUUCUACGAUCUUAUUUAUAAUUCUUCUCAUACUAUAUUGAAUGAUAUGAAGAAUUACAAUAAUCUGGAUUGAAGUGCCGGUACCUACAUCUUCAACUACCAAGUCGAGACCAGCGAGAAGUUCAUUCCUAUCAAAACGAAUACCUUAACUUUACCCUCAAGCAAUUCAAUCAUCUACCAAACAUGCCUUCAUGACGCUGCAAUGAACCCCCAAAGUGUCCCCUCCUCGCCCUACCUCGCGAAAUUCGAGACGAAAUUCAUCGAUAUGUUCAAGUGGGACAGCGAAUCAAACCAGAUUUUCUACAGUGAAAAUACGUUCUCGUUUGCCGGCACUUGGAGUUUGUAUUGCUACUUGUAUAUGAUUGGCGAAGAAAAGCGGAUGUGUAUUGGCCAUAUAUAUUUCCGCUUUAGUGGACUUCAAAGAGUCGAUGCAUUCAAGUUACUCGGCGAGUGUAAAUCUUUGAGGACUCUCAAGAUAGGAUUUGAACAGGAUACGAUGUCUGGCAGCAAAAAACCAAAGUUGGAUCUAAUGACGGCCAGAGGGAUUUCUACAUUGAGAAAAAUAAGAGGGAUGGAAGAUGUGGUGGUAGAUGUGGUGGAAAUGCCUGUCCCACCCAGACCAGAUUACAUGUUCCCCUACACAAGAUCGUCGGACGUGCCUUCAAGCGGUCCAUAUUUCAAGCCGGAAAUGGUUCAAGAAUUUACAAGGAUGUUGACAGAGGAGAUGAAUUGGAAAGAGCAGACUCCAGAGCAGGAUCAGAUCCAGGACGUACAGUUGGAAGAGGAAGAGGCUAUGCAGUCAGAACCAAAGUCCAAGAGUCGCAAGCCAGUCCAAGAUUCCACAACUCGUAAUUUACGCUCAAGUAAAAUCCAAAAGUCGACAUCUACAUCCAAGAGAAAAGUGACGAAACAGGCGAAGAUGGGUGGGAAGGGGAAUUAAACUUAUUACUUUGGCUUCUCAAGAUUGGUUAGCCGUGGGUGGUUGGACGUGGAAAUCACAAAGAGUUAGCCA